AUGGAGGAAACCCUGCCUCUCACCUUCACAGUCGAUGAAACGAUACCGCCAGAGACGUUUCCCUUGGACGCAUUCUAUCGCUUUAAUCACAAACUUCCAUAUAAAUGGUUUACUUGUACCGAGCCGGAGAUAGAGUCAUGCAAGUACAUAACAGCCCCUCCGAAUUACAGACCCCAGGACACUGACGAUCCCGGGUAUCAGCUAUAUAAGCAGUAUUUCAAUCUGUCAUUUGUUCUUCAAGAAUUUCAUAAGCUUGUUACCGAGGCGCGGCUGGGGAAAAGUUAUCAGUAUUCAGACGGCAAGCAAAUGGUUCAAGCCUUCCCCAGUUCUGCUAGUAUAGAGGGAUAUGAGCUGCUACUAGAUGGUGCAACAGCUAUGAAUGGGAAGUUGGUGACAAUUGGCGCUUGCCUCGCUAGAUGUAGGCAGGCGAAGAAGGCAGUAGAAGAGCGCCAGAGACAGAUUGAUGCUCACGUUGACAUGAUAGCCAGGUAUGGACGGGUGGCCCCUCUGGUUCUUGAACCGCGCUUCCUCCAACUGGCGCUAUCAACAGACGAGAUCUUGAUGCUCUCCGAAGAUCUAGGAAAGUAUCUGCGUUGCAAACGCUCUGCUGUUAGGGUGUGUCUCCCCAACACAACUCUACCAUUGACGAGGUUCCUGGCAUGUUCAAAGUGUGGGAGCUGCGCGUCCAUCAAAGCAUAUCUACGCUCAUGUAAUGUUGCGGCCACGUUCGUUUAUCUGCAACGUUACUAUAUGCACAUCAAUUCCCUAGCAAAUAUGCUGGAUUUAGGUGAGAUCAUAAUUGGCCCUAGCCCGGGGCAAACAAUAUGCUGCAAAGUGAAGCUGUUCACCGAGAAAGCAAGUACAGAACAUAAUGAAAAGAACGAUGAGAAUAGGUCCAAACUGAAUAGCACCGGUUACAGAUACGUGCCAUCAGACUUUGACCUAUCCAUUAGUGAAGAGAGUGACGCUACAGAUGUAGCUGCUGAAGAGCAUGACGUGCUGCCAGAUAUGACGUUCAUGCAGUCAGUGGCGAGAUUAGACAUUUCACUUCCACUGAAUACCUUAAGUCCUAGAUUGAUCAGUGGCGUGCUCAAGUUGGCCCACGUGAGAGAAGAAAAUCCAAUACACUUGGUCCAGGACCUUCUCAAUGUACACACCUGUUGCGUGCAAAGGCUGAAACUAGGAGAUCGAAUAUUGUUAGAAGCAUCGUUCCCUCACCGCAUGACAUUAAUAAAUGAUCAUAAAACACACACUAUUUCGUCUAAGGAUGGAGUGCUGUGUGGACAUAUGUGA